AUGACUGGGUGCUCCUUUGCGAAGAUUGUCAAUAAAUUGGAAGAAUACGACGAGUUUAUGAGGGCAGGAAAAAUUGUUAAUGUUUCCGCUUUAAAGUCACAGUUGGAAGCUAUGCAGAGUCAGAGUAGCAGUAGUAAGAAGGCUCAGUUUAAGAAGAAAGACGAGGAAGCCUCCUUUGUCUGGAACCAAGGCUCUUCUUCCCAGCCUAGAUACCAACAAAACCCUGCCUAUUCACCUCGUCAGCCUGUUGAUCAACUAUAUGGACAAUUGAAAGCUGCUGGAAAAAUUGGUACAAUACCUCCGAAAACCUAUCCUAAAGGGUUUCCUGUGGGUUAUGAUCCUCAGUCGUUCUGUGCCUACCAUUCGGGAGCCCCUGGACAUUCAACUGCUAAUUGUUGGGCGCCUAAGCAUAAAAUUCAAGACAUGGUCGAGGUCGGAGACAUAGUCCUGAGGAGGAGGGAGGAACAAGGUCCAAAUGUUAGCAAAAAUCCUCUUCCUACACACAAGGACACCGUGGGAGUUAUUACUAUUGAUGAAGAGAUUGAGGAACCUACACAAUUUAUUAUAGACGAAGUUGAGACAGUAAGGGUCAUUGAAGAACCGUUCAUAUUAGAGGAAGGAGCUUAUGAAGUCAAGAAAAAUACGGGUCCAUUUAUUCUGGAAAUGGUGCCUUUCGAAUGUGAGCCUUCGGAGCUGGUGGUACUUGAAUUGCCUGAGCAAGCUCCUAUUCUUAAUUUGCAAGAGGUCCCAUGGAAUUAUAGCGAGCCUACACUGUUAAUUGGAGGAGAAAAGGUGCCCAAGAAGGAAGUGGAUGCCAUUAUUAGAUCUGGAACAAUCAUAGGGGAACCCGCAGUUGAUGAGCCCUCAAAAGCGAAAGAAAAUGAUGUUCUGACAAAACCAACUGUGACUAAUGAAGAGGCCUUUAAUUUCCUUAAGAUGUUGAAGAAAAAUGAGUAUAAGGUGGUCGAGCAAUUGGACAAGAUGCCCGCUCAAGUUUCUAUAUUGAAUUUGCUUCUAACCUCGGAACUUCAUCGAGAAGCUUUGCUCAAGGUUUUAACUGAGGCUCAAGUGCCUAAGAAUAUUCCUGUGGAUAAAUUCACUCAUGUAGUCAAACAUGUUUUGGCUUCAAAUCAAAUUUCUUUUUCUGAUGAAGAUUUGACUUUGGAUGGGAUUGGACACAAUAAAGCAUUGUAUAUCUCGGUCCGUUGUAAUGGGAAGUUAUUGCCAAGGGUCUUGAUAGACAAUGGAUCUGUUCUUAAUAUCUGUCCUUGGAGCACUUUGGUUAAGUUGGGAUUUCAGGAAGCUAAACUUCAGCUGUCUGCCACUGUGGUGAGAGGAUUUGAUGGCUCAAAAAGGGAAUCAAUGGGGGAAGUGGAUUUAGUGCUGGAAAUCGGACCUGCCCAGUUUCAAGUUAUGUGCCAAGUCAUGGACUUCUCGAGUGUUUAUAAUGUUCUUCUCGGACGACCUUAG